GUCUGCACAGCCACUGCUCGACCUCGUCGCAGCCAUGGCUAUCUGCAGACUUCUCGCUGUGCUGUUGCUGUUGCUGAUGCACAGCAUUGGAGGUUUCCUUGGGGCUGAGGUGAAGAGCGCUAUCAUCGGGGGGAGGAAUGCUGACAAGACCAAGUGGCAGGAGAUGGUUUACCUCAACAUCACAUCACGUGAUAAAGUCACCAAGUGGCGCUGCGGGGGCACCGUCCUCAACGAUCAGUGGGUGCUGACUGCUGCCAGCUGCUGGGAUGAACAGCGUCGGCCUAACAAGGAACGAUCAAUGGCUUGGGUCGGCUCAUACAGCCUGAAAACGUAUCAAGGCCGUUACAAGGGCAUCACCCAAAUCAUCACCCACCGUAACUACGACUCCUCGGGUGGCACCUAUCAGAACGACAUCGCCCUGGUGAAGCUGAAGACAAAGAUAGAGUCCUGGGCAGACGUUAAAUACGUGAAUCUGCCCAGCGCCAACGACGUCUUUGAUUCAUCAUCUGAGUGCUGGAUUGCUGGCUGGGGGUACACUGGGGCUAAUGUUCCACUGCCGGAUCCAGAAACCCUCCAGGAGCUGAGGAUUCCCAUCAUCCCUCAGAAUGUGUGUAAGCAAAAGCACCCUGCGCUGACUGCUAACAUGCUGUGUGCAGGGGAUGCAGAUGGAGGCAAAGAUGGCUGCAAAGGGGAUUACGGUGGCCCGCUGAUGUGUCGUGCAGCCAGUGGCUUCGUGCAGGUGGGCAUCAUGAGUUAUGGGAACUGUGGUCUCGCGGGCCAACCAACCAUCUACACCAGUGUGUCCCAGUAUCUGAGCUUCAUCAACGAAAACAUUCGCCGCAGCGAGGAAACCUCUGCUUAGGUCUAAACAUCCAAAAAGCUAAACCUGUCCAGUCUAUUCACCUUCCAAUCUGCCUUGCACUCUCUCUCUUUGUUGAACUGUCAGUCCAUGUUUCCUUUAUGCUGGUUUAACAUGUAACCUGGUUUGUUCAAUGAAAUCCUUUGCAUUAAAGCUUUGAAGCAUUG